AUGCUCCCGAAGGAGGAGGACAGUGAUGAGGAUGACGUGGAGGGCCGGCAUCAAUUCUCCGCGGAGGAGACCUUGAUCAUCUUCGACUGGGAUGACACGGUGAUGCCCUCCUCGUGGGUCAUGGAGGAGGGGCUCAGCCUUGAGGGCGAGGACUUCACGCCAGAGCAACAGGCGAAGCUCUCCGAGCUGGCAAGGCUCGCGACACAGACGCUGACCCUGGCCAUGCGGCUGGGCACUGUGUUACUCGUCACCAAUGCGGAGCAUGGCUGGGUGGAGCUUAGUUGCCAAAGGUUUCUUCCCGAGCUGCUGCCAGUCCUGGCGGUGGUCAGAACGCUGUCAGCGCGCACCCAGUACGAGAGUGAACUGGUUCCGACGCCUUUCGAGUGGAAGCUGCAUGCUUUCCACAACGAGAUCGGACGGGUCUUCCAGAGCCCCGGGCGCACCAGGCGGCGGAACAUCUUGUCCUUCGGGGACAGUGGCCACGAGCGGGAGGCCUUGAUCAAGGCCACGGCCAACAUGCCGGACACGACGAGGAAGAAUUUAAAGUUCAUGGACAGACCAGGCGUGGAGGAACUGCGCAAGCAGCAUGCAGUCAUUGUGAAGUGCCUGCGGCAGAUUGUCCACCAUGAUGGACACCUGGACCUCUGCCUCAGGACGGCGUGA